AUGUUGCUGGGAUCAAGAUAUGGUAACAUUCCGCACAAGUUUCUUCACUGCGAAUUAAUUUGUGGUGCUACUAUCCGACAGUUGAGCAGGAGUCAGGCUUCUGUUUCGUAG